AUGGCUGUUAAAGCCGUUAAUAGACAUAAAUUACUGAUGGGUUUCGAUACAAUGCGUGUGAAUUCAGGAAGAUGCCCCCCAUUCCUUGUAGCGGGUUUAUUAGUAGCUUGCGUCUUAUUAACAUGCAACUGGUGGACACUAUCAUCACAAAAUUAUGACAUUCUUAAAGAGCUCGAGGAGAUGGGCGAUCAGUUAAAAAAAUGUUCAUCACAGAAAAGUUUAUGUGAUAGCGAAAGAAGCAUUGCAGAAAGUAGACUGGAAGCUGCAGAAGGCUUAUCGAAUGCAAAUCAAAUAAAGGCUACUAAAGAAUUGCGUUCACUUAGUGACCAACUAAAUGAGAAAGAUGACAGGAUAAAGGAACUAGAAACAUCUGAAAAGCACAGCAGACUUGAUGAAAGUAGAGCCGGUGUUUUAAAAGUGUUGCGUGUUGAAAAAUCUGCUGUUGAACAAGCACUUCAAGAACAGAAAGAGAAAAAUGAAAAACUGGAAGAAGAAAUCAGUGAGUUGAGAGCAAAAAUGAGUGAGGCUCCUCUUGAACAUAAAAAAUCAAGCAAUGUAAGCCCUGUUCCAGUUGUUAUGCCGAAUUUAGUGUCCCCAGAUAUGAAGCAAGCUUCAGAGGAUGAGGAUGCAAAACGAUUUGAUAUGAGUUCAGAGACCCCUGAUACUCUAUAA